AUGAAUCAAAAUCACAAUUUCUCUCAUAACCCCCAAUUAGCUGAUUUACAAGCGGGUGGUCAAGACAAUUUAAACCCUUUUUACAAUUUUGAUUCUCUUAACAUGAAUGCUUUUAAUACUUUGCAAAAUCAUUUUCAUGAUAAUAUUAAUAAUACUAAUGGAUACUAUCCAAAUGUUAACUUACCGGAUACAACUUUUCAACCACAAUUAAAUCGAAGUAAUAUCUUUAUAUUCGAAAUUCCUGGUUUUGAAAUUGUUAUUAGACCAAAGGUUAAUCAAUUUAUGAAUUUAAACAAUUUAAACAAUUUAAAUAAUUUAAACAUGCCUUCAAUGAAUUCUUACUCUUCCGUUGCGGCUAAUCAAAAUUAUGUUGAUGGAAAUUCCGCUAGUGGAAGUUAUGUAAAUCCUGUAAAUAACAUGAAUACUAUGAAUAUGCAAAAUAUUUAUAAUAAUAAUAAUAAUCAAUCUUUUAUUAUGAAUAACUCUCAAUAUCAAUUUCAACAACAAAAUUCUCUUGGGUAUAAUAACCAUCAAGGUUAA